UUAUCCAUUGUAUAUAUAAAGAGAAAAGAAACACAGAAGCAUAUAUAAAACGAUAAUUCUCCAUUACAGAUCCAUAACCAUGGGGUCCUAUGAGGUCAAAGGUGAAGCUGAAACAAUGCUGAAGGCUAUUUUUGUUCCCUUCAUCUCAACCAGUCACCUGAUUCCGGUGGUGGACAUGGCGAGGCUCUUCGCCAUGCACGGCGUGGAUGUGACGAUAAUCACCACACCGGCAAACGCCGCCGUUUUCCAAAGCUCCGUCGACCGUGAUUCUAGCCGUGGCCGCCCCAUCCGAACCCACGUGGUGAAGUUCCCGCAAGUCCCUGGUUUGCCAGAAGGUGUUGAAACCAUCAACGCCGACACUCCUCAACCCUUGACGAUGAAAAUCAGCCAGGCACUGUCCAUUCUGCAAGGCCAAUACCAGGAACUCUUCCGUGUUAUGCAACCUGAUUUCAUUGUCACCGACAUGUUCUACCCGUGGAGUGCUGAUGCAGCCGCUGAACUUGGAAUUCCAAGGCUCGUUUAUGUCGGGGCGAGUUACUUUUCUCACUGUGCAAUGAACUGCGUGGAAGAGUUUGCGCCUCACGCCAAGGUAGAUUCCGAUGGUGAGAUUUUUGAACUUCCUGGGUUGCCCGACAAGGUGGAGAUGACACGAUUGCAGUUACCGGAUUGGCUUAGAGCACCAACGCCAUAUACCUAUUUAAAGAAGAUGAUUAAAGAAUCAGAGAAAAAAAGCUACGGGUCACUGUUCAAGAGCUUUUACGAGUUUGAGGGAGCUUACGAGGAGCAUUACAAGAGAGUGAUGGGUACCAAGAGUUGGAGUAUAGGACCAGUUUCGUUGUGGGUGAACCAAGAUGAGUCGGAUAAGGCUGGUAGAGGGCAUGCAAAAGAAGGAGAAGGAAGAGGAAAAGACGAAGAGUUGAUGAAAUGGCUUGAUUCGAAGAAAGAGAACUCUGUUUUGUAUGUGAGUUUUGGGAGCAUGAACAAGUUCCCUACCGCACAGCUUGUCGAAAUAGCGCACGCACUUGAAGAUUGUGGACACGAUUUCAUAUGGGUGGUGAGGAAAAGCGAUGAUGGGGCAAGGGGUUUUCUGGAGGAAUAUGAAAAGAGGGUGAAAGAAAGUAACAAAGGGUAUCUGAUAUGGGGUUGGGCGCCACAACUUGUUAUACUGGACCAUCGUGCAACUGGGGCAGUGGUGACUCACUGUGGGAUGAACACUGUGUUUGAAAGUGUGAUUGCAGGGUUGCCAUUGGUGGCUUGGCCUUUGUUUUCGGAGCAGUUUUUCAACGAGAAGUUGGUGGUGGAUGUGUUGAAAAUUGGAGUUUCGGUUGGAGCAAAAGAAUGGCGAAACUUGAAUGAUUUUGGGAGUGAAACAGUGAAGAGGGAGGAGAUAGGAAAAGCGAUUGGUUUGGUGAUGGGUGGAGAAGAGUGUGAAGAAAUGAGAAGGAGAGUGAAAGUGCUGAGUGAUGAGGCAAAGAAAGCGAUUCAGAGUGGUGGCACUUCUCACAACAAUUUGAAGGAACUUAUUGAAGAACUCAAGUCACUCAAACUUCAAAAGGAUAUAUAAUACCAAAUUUAGUUGAGAAAUACCCUUCGAAAGCUUCAAAAGCCGCGUGGAAGAUGUUACAUGGUGUAAGAGUUAUCAGCUUUUAUUUAUUUUUAAUGUAUGAUCAGCUUGGGAGAAUAAUUAAGCUAUGGUAAUUAGUUUUCACUUUUGAUCAAUUCUAUGUUUAGUUUAA